AUGGCAAUGAGAGCGAGACAAAAAGUGCGCGCUCCUAGAAGGGCACUAGGCAACAAAAACGGCGACUUCGAAGCCAUCUGGGCUGUGCUCUCUUCUUCACUGCGUGAAAUAAAUACCAAAAAUGCCUCCUCUCUGUCGUUCGAAGAGCUGUAUCGCAGCUCGUACAAAAUUGUCAUAUUGUCUAAAGGCGAGGAGCUGUAUGAGCGGGUCAAGCAGUUGGAACAGGAAUGGUUAAGCAGCCAUGUCUGUCAAAAUAUCGUGUCUGCGAUUUCGCCGGUCCUCCUCCUAAAUAUUGAUCCCUCGGAUAUUUCAGACCAGGCAAACGAGCGCAGAGCUGCAGGAGAGAAAUUUUUGGCGGCAAUGAGAGCGGCUUGGGAAGACCAUCAGCUUUGUAUGGGCAUGAUUACGGAUGUGCUGAUGUAUAUGGAUAAAAAUAUGAGCAACGAUCAGAAACCUUCAAUAUAUACAGUGGCGAUGUGCUUGUUCCGUGACCAUGUUCUCCGCUCCGCUGUACCAGACAGCAACUCGACCAUUUACAACAUUUUCGAGUCAACUGUUCUUUUCAUGAUCCAGUUAGAAAGAACUGGAGAGAUUAUAGAUCGGCCUCUCGUCCGGCAUUGUAUUUACAUGCUAGAAGGGCUUUACGAGACGGUUACGGAAGAGGAGUCAGCUAAGCUAUACCUUUCAGUAUUUGAGCCUGCGUUUUUGGAAACCAGUAGAACAUUCUACCAGAAUGAAGGACGUCGACUGCUUGAGACUGCCGAUGCAGCUACGUUUUGCCGCAUCAGCUCGGAGCGGAUAUCAGAAGAGGAUGAGCGUUGCCACGCUACGUUGUCAACAUACUCGGAGCAGAAGAUCAAGGGAGUGAUAGAUACGGAAAUGAUCAGUAAAAAUAUCGCAGACGUGAUCAACCUUGAAGGAAGUGGAGUCAGGCAUAUGCUGGAUCAUGACAAAGUGCAAGACCUUGCUAAUGUGUAUGAACUUAACGCCCGGAUUGAUGCGAAGAAAGUCGCCUUAACCAAGGCCAUUCAGAAACGAAUUGUUCAGCUGGGCGAUGAAAUCAAUGCAGCAGCUAAGAAUUUUGCUACCUCUGCAGCUCCGGUAGCCGACGGUGAAAAGAAAUCAAAAGACGAGAAGGAAACUCAAAAACCUGCGGCGCCACCGGUAAACUACCAAACAGCGGCAGCAAUUAAAUGGGUAGACGACAUUUUGAAUUUGAAGAAGAAGUUUGACACGAUAUGGGCGCGGGCCUUCUCGUCGGACCAAGGCAUGCACACGUCGUUCACAAACAGCUUCUCGGAUUUCAUCAAUUCAAACAACCGCAGCUCUGAGUAUUUGUCGUUGUUUUUUGACGAGAAUCUCAAAAAGGGCAUCAAGGGCAAAACGGAUGCAGAGGUUGACGUUUUGCUGGAAAGCGGAAUUACGCUUUUACGAUACAUUCGCGACAAGGAUCUCUUCGAGACAUAUUACAAGAAGCAUCUCUCCCGACGUCUGUUGAUGAAGCGAUCCGUCAGUAUGGAUGUUGAGCGGCAAAUGAUCUCCAAAAUGAAGAUGGAAGUUGGCAAUCAGUUCACGCAAAGGCUUGAAUCGAUGUUCAAGGACAUGACCGUCUCUGAAGACCUGACAAAUAGUUACAAGACACACAUGUCGCGGACAGGUUCGGCGGACUCGAAGAGGUUCGAGCUAGAAAUCAGCGUCCUCACAAGCACGAUGUGGCCGAUGGAGAUAAUGUCCAGUUCAAAAGACGGCGAGAUGCAAUUACCUUGCAUAUUUCCGAAGGAGGUCGAUACAGUACGUCAAAGUUUUGAGAAGUUUUAUCUUGAUAAACACAGCGGACGGAAGCUAUCAUGGCAGGCAUCGAUGGGCACGGCAGACAUUCGAGCAACCUUUCCUCGUCCCGAAGGAAAAUACGCACGACAUGAUCUAAACGUGUCUACCUAUGCAAUGGUCAUCCUGCUCCUUUUCAACGACCUUCCCGUCGACCAGUCCCUGACAUACGAAGAGAUACAAGCGCGCACACGGAUCCCAGACCACGAUCUCAUUCGCAAUCUCCAAUCACUUGCAGUUGCGCCGAAGACACGAGUACUUAAGAAAGAUCCCAUGAGCAAAGAUGUGAAACCGACGGAUCGGUUUUUUUACAAUGCAGCAUUCAAGAGUCAGUUCACGAAAGUGCGUAUUGGCGUGGUCAGCAGCAGCGGGAAUAAAGUAGAGAGCCAGAACGAGCGCAGCGAGACUGAGAAGAAGAUGAAUGAGGAGCGAGGGGGCAGCAUCGAGGCUGCUGUUGUUCGUAUAAUGAAACAACGCAAAAAACUAGCUCACUCGCAACUCAUCACCGAAGUCCUCGGACAACUGGCCGCUCGCUUCGUGCCGGACGUGAACAUGAUCAAGAAACGCAUCGAAAGUCUGAUAGACCGGGAAUAUCUGGAAAGAAUUCCGGAUUCAGAUCCACCGGCAUAUGGAUAUGUGGCAUAA